GUGUUAUACGGAUCAAACACCAUCCAUCAGCCACCAAGAAGCGAAGGCGAAAAAGCUUACCUCGACAAAAGUGGCGGAGUCCUCAAUGUCAACAGAAGCAACCAAUGGUGCGGAAAGGGAACGAAGAACAAUGAAGAAGACACAAGAACAAUGAAGAAGACGAAGCCCAAGGCACACUCAAGAAGACAAACCGAGAAGUCGAAGGCAUCGGGAGAAGAAAAGAAAGCGACGUUGCAACCACCUUGUAAGGAGAAUGAACAAUACUAAUGCUGAGUGUAGGGUAUUUAAAAUUUAAGUGAAAGAAUAUUUUUACCACUUUACUUAAAUUACUAGGUGCACUAGGCAACACCCAAUAACAAAACUUCUCCCUUAAGAAAAAAGAUUUAAGAAAAUGUGACAGAAUGAGAAUGAUGAACCUCCAUCAUCCAUGUUCAUGAGUUGAAACUUGAAACUGUAACGUCUACGUUGAGAUGAGGAGGCAAAGGCAACCUUCUCGGCGUGCACCAAAAACGUUAUUCCGCGCCCACCAACCAGACUCAGACGAAAGCAUUUCUGACGACGACGUUUUCCCCAACAAUGCGCCUUCAUUACACCCCACCAACAAGCAAGAAUUGCCACUUCUGGUGCGGCUGGACAUUCUAAAAGGAAUCAGUAAUCAGAAUUUGAAUGGGAAAGGCAACACUUCUUCAUUUGAGAAACCGCUUGAAGAUGAGGUUGAAAUGCCUGAUUUCAACGAGGGAGAGGUGGUUGCCAAUUCGACUGACGAAGAAAACAAUUCUGCAGAUGGGGUACUCAUAAAAGUUCACAUUGAAUAUUUUUCUUCUGAUCUUUCAGCCAUCUAUUCAGUAAUAAGCAUCAAUUUGGUCAUUAAAGUGAAAUUGGCACCACUGAUAUUGCUCCAAAAGUAUGGUCCAAGAUCUAUUAGAAAUGAACAAGUUAGAAAUAGAAAUAGAAUUUCUGAAGUGCUGUUACAUUCCAAAGAAAGUGCUUCUGCAUCCCAUGCUACCUACUCCAAAGCAAAUACAUCUGGGAUUAAGAAAGCUAAGCCAAGAUUUUCAUUAGCAUCAGUGUUAUGUAAAAGUGGGGGCAUUGAUCAUUCAAUCUCCAAUAUUGAGAGCUUUCCUGAAAUUAUAAAAGCUGUUGAUCCUAGAGCUUCUGCAAAUUUAGAUGGAAAUCAUCUAGAUGAUGAUGACAGAAUUGAAAUAAAUUCCGACAUUGAGCCUGCUGAAACAGAAGCUUUACCACAUGGAUUUAAUAUGGCCCCAAUAGCUAAUCUUUUUGACAAUCUCCGAGAUAAGGCUCAUCAGGAGACAGUCAUUGACAGUGAAGAUUCCCCCGAGUCUGUGGAUAGUGAAUCAUCAAGUGACAAAGAGGUAAGUGAUCAACACAUGAAAAUUACUUUCCCUGGAAAGAAAAUGCAGACCAUUGCAGAACGAUUUGAAGAAGCUUUGGGGACAUCCUCUGUUAUCACUGAAGGGACACAUGUUGGAGCACCUAAUUCAUUGAGACCUGGAAUAUUUGGAAAACUACAGCAUAUGAUACUGAAAGAAAAAGAAACAGACAUGGAGUUCUGGAAAAAGUUACAACCUGAAGCUAGGCCAGAUGGUGAACUUGGCUGCAUUGAUGUAAAAAUCAUUUCAAGAUACCGCGACGGAAAGCUGACUGUUUGUCAUUGCUCAUUUGGCAAGUACACAGAGAAUUUUCUGUUACAAGAUAACUCCAAAGGAAUGAGGUUUGGUGGCAGCGAAAGCAGUCAAAGCACCAUUAUCUUUAGUCCAAGGGUUUGCAACAAUGUUGACCUUGAAGUUGGGAGCUUGAUCCGAAUUCACCCUCCAUGGCAGUCCACUAUCGUGUGGGUCCAAAAAUGGGUUAACAGAAGUAAUAGCCCUAACUCGAUCUGCCAUAUUUAACGUUAGUCCAUUGCAAACUGAGCUUAUACGGGCCUAGCUAGCAAGUAUACGUAGCCCUGUUUUUCAAGUAUAUUGAGCAAGUUGUGGAGCUUUAUUUCUUUCCUUCUAUUCUUCUUCUUGCUCUUUAUCCUUGGCAUCAUAAAAGGUGCACUGAUAGGUCCAAUUGCAUUUGCCAUUAUUGUCAUUGGAAAUUCUGCUAUUAUCCUUGGACUUUGGAGUGCACAUGCUGUUUGGACAUACUACUGUGUGGCAAGGAUGGCUGUUGGUCAACAAUUGAAAGAAGCUGCACAGUGGUUCAGGAUGUCACAGACUUCUGCUUUCACUCCUAUUUUUCAUACAUGGAUGAACUAAGAGAAAAUUUACCCCCUCAUGAAAAGCUGUUAGAUAUCCGAUUGUCAUUAUUACCAUGUUGCUUGUUGGUGAUCAUGGUUGGCGUGUCAUUCGAUAUGGCAUUAAUAAUAUCUAUUGCCAUAUGGAAGAGUCCAUACAUGCUGUUCAAAGGGUGGAAAAGACUGUUAGAAGAUUUGAUUGGAAUAAAGGGACCAUUCUUGGAAACUGAAUGUGUCCCAUUUGCUGGCCUUGCCAUCAUUCUCUGGCCUUUGGCUGUUGUAGUGGCUGUAUUAGCAGCUACCAUUUUCAGCUUUUUUAUGGCCCUAUAUAGUGGAGUUGUUGUCCAUCAGAUCAGUAUUUGGAAGACUCAGUGAAGAUGGGGUUUAUAUACAUUGUGUCUGUGGUUUCGCUUUUUGAUGAAUAUGUAAGUGAUUUACUCUACCUGAGAGAGGGAUCCUGCUUUCCCAGGCCGAUAUACCGUAGAAACAUGAGCCAUGCUGUUGAGGGGAAAAACCUUGGAGGAGGUGACAAUGACUUGAAAAACCGGAGGGAUGGGUCACAGAAUUCGAAACAUUCCAUACAACAAUCCAGAAGUAUGAAAUGGGGAAUUCAGCAAUGUAGACCUGUGCAGGUAUGGGACUGACUGUUCAAGUCAUGUGAGGUGAAUGGAAGGAUACUCCUCCGUGGUGGUCUGAUAAGCGUUGGGGAAGUUGAGGAAUGCAUUUUGAAAGGCAAUUGCAAAAAGUUAAGCAUCAAGUUACCGGCUUGGUCCCUGCUGCAAUGUCUUCUAACAUCUGCGAAAUCCAAUUCAGAUGGAUCGGUGAUCUCCUAUGAUGUAGUGUUGACGAGGACGAAUGGACCGAAGGAUAGAGUGUUUGAGUGGUUUAUUGGACCUCUACUGAUUAUGAAAGAGCAGCUAAAGAACCUUGAGUUAGAAGGAACUGAAGAGACUUGCCUGAAAGAACUAGUCAUGAAAUGCAAAAAUGAAGUGCUGGAGGAGUCGGAUAGCACUGGAUUCCCAUCUGAUAAUACUGUUAGGAGAGCGCAAUUACAAGCCAUAAUUAGAAGGUACAUUUGUAGAAAAUGUUAGUGUACCUAUACUACCUUACUUAAAAUGAAUUAUGUUUUUCUUUUUAUA